AUGCCGACACUUUUCCCUUCAAAUCCAUCGGAAACGAUGGUGAUUCGCGACAUCACUCCGAACAUGGUGACCAUGAGUCUGCCAUUUGCACGUUUCGGUCUCGUUCGCUUCGGUGGUCGCGGAACACUAGUCAGACUUGCCUCGGGCUCUCUAGCCGUCUUCUCGCCGGUCACACUCACCCCAGAAGUUCGAGCCAAGAUCGACUCCCUUGGUGGGAACGUCAAGUACAUCGCCGCUCCCGAUCUCCAACAUCACCUUCACGUGGGCCCGUGGAAGGAAGCCUUCCCACAAGCAUCCAUUCUCGCCCCAGAGGGUCUCUAUGAGAAGCGUCAGAAAAGCAACUACAAUGAUGCUCCCUUUGAGCAUGUCUACCGCAAAGACAAGCCUCAGUCAAUAUCCGAGGAAUUCGAUGCCGAGUUUGAAUGCGAAUACGUGCACGGACAUGGAUCACGCGAGCUGGUCUUCUUCCACCGUCCCACCCGAACCGUCAUUGAGGCCGACCUGCUGUUCAAUAUGCCUGCCAAGGAACAGUAUUCGCGAUCACCCGAGGGUAAAUCGAUCAAUUUCUUGACCAAGUUGGCGAUACCGGUUAUGAACACCGAGGGCUCGGCCACGGGUCAGCGACGGUUUGCGUGGUAUCUGCUGGCGGCGAAGGAUCGGCCUGCGUUUACCGAGUCGAUGAAGCGUAUCAACACAUGGGACUUUGAUCGAUUGAUCCCGUGUCAUGGAGAUGUGAUCGAGACCGGGGGCAAGGGUGUAUUCCAGAAAGUGAUGGCAUGGUUCUUGGAGGAUGGGAAGAAGCGCUCCUAG